GAAAAAAGAAAAAAGAAAAAAAUCCUCUCUCUCAAAAUGAAGUUUUCCGCUGCAAUUUUUCUGCUUCUACUGAUUUUUGGCACUGGGAUGGCGCCGAUGGUUGCGGAGGCGAGGGUCUGUGAAUCUCAGAGCCACAACUUCAAAGGGCUAUGCUUUAGUGGAACCAACUGCGCCAGUGUCUGCAAGACAGAGGGCUUCCAUGGCGGCCACUGCAGGGGCUUCCGCCGCCGGUGCUUCUGCACAAAGCACUGCGUUUGAAAUUCAAUAAUCAUCAAUCCAUCCUGAUGAACACCGAUUGUCUAUCUGUAAAAGUAAAAACACUACUUGAAAAGUACUUCUUGGAGCAUUUCAGAAUAAAGUGGCCAUCUUUGGCCCAUUGUUACUUUUUAGUUCUGCCUUAAUGUUUGUGUUUGUGUUAGCUUGGAUUUUAUGCAAUAAUAAUAAAUUAUGUAUUCCUAGAUGGUGUAUUUUCUUA